AGCCUGGGGUGGUUGCCUCUCCUACUGCUGCUGCUACUACCAGGGCAGGGGGGAGCGCGAGGCUCUGUGCUUCCUCCUUCUCCUUCCCCACCCUCCCCUUACCACAUCUCAGGCUUUGGCUGGGUGACUAGGCCGCAUUCCCCCCCCGUUGGGGGGGAGGGGGCCAUUGUUGUUAUGGAGACUGGUUCUGGGGACCCCCCAUCACCCCCACCGAGGUAUAAUGCUCCUCACUCAGUGCUCCAUGCCCUCAAGAAGGUGAGCCCGGCUCCUGGGGCUGUAGGGGUGCCUGCAGACAACAUGACAGCUUCGCCCCUGGCAACAGACAAUGCAGUAACAAUGGAAGCCGUGGAAGCAGACCUGCCAACCAGCGCUACAACAGCAGCACCUUGCAUUCCUACAGAAGCAACUUUAACCAAGAUCACCGUAGAGAUGUCUCUCAUGGCUGUGGCCAAUGAUAACGGGACCAUGGCCUUUCCUGCACAGGUGGCAUCGGAUGCCGUAGCUACGGACAUAAUUCCGGUGGGCGACAAAUCUUCCGCAGAGACGGUACCUGUGACCAAUUCGGUGGAUCCCGUGCCAGCCGUGGCAACAGUAAAUGGAAUGUCUGUAACGUCGUCUGAUGAUGUUGGGAUGGUGUCGCCAGCUGUGGCUUUGCCUAAAGAGACCAUGGUGAAAUCUCUCCCGGUUCCACCAGAAUCGCCCACAGUGGUAGUGGUAGCGCCUAGCCCCGUGACGCCUCCCGAGAAGACUCCACCGACCACGCCAGAGGGCUUGGCGCCUCACGAUCUCUCCACUCCACAACCGCCCCAGGACAUGGGUUCCCAGUCCAGUCUCGGAACCCCGGCACCCAGGGCUCCUCCAGCUCCUGACACAUUGAGCUACUUGGAUUCUGUCAGCCUCAUGUCAGGCACCAUGGAGUCACUGCCCGGCUCUGGAUUCCUUGAUGAUGCUAGCUCCAUGGGUUCAGAUUCUGAGAUCAAUGGAUUGGCAUACCGCAGGACCGACAAAUAUGGCUUCCUAGGGGGCAGCCAAUAUGUUGGUUCAGUGUAAGUAUUGGCACCAAGGUGAUGAGUUUCCCAUGCUGCGGGGAAGGGAGGGAGGGGAGAUGUUAGUCUUUUAUACAGGACAAACAAGUUCAGCAAGAUAUCCAGUGAUGACCACAAUUCCAACUCUGGCUAGGGUGCUGGGAAAAGAAUAUAUGAUGUUCUUCCCCUAGGGGGCGCAAGCUGUCAUCUUGGAAAAGUUGGGUUAUGGGGAGAAUCCUAGGGAUGAGAGGGAUCCUUGCCCAGAUUGGUACCCUGACAGCAUAAGUAUAACCUAAGGCAUCGCCCACAGAUGCUCGUUCAUCAGACUUUGUGAAUGGUAUCUUGCAAGUUUGGGGAGUGCUUGCUCUAAUCUUUGACUUUUGGGGAAUAUGAGAUUUUGGUUUUAUUGGUUGACGUUUGGAACAGAAUGUGCAGUCAUUCCUCUUUAAGAAAAAUCCUUAUUUUUCCCCUCUAAACCUACUUCAUCAUCCUGUGCUUGGCAUACAGCAAAGGAACAAAAAGCACUUGAGUUUUUGAAAAGAGGUGAAAUACAUUGAUUCCCCUCUAGGCAGGAGGACAGUGUGGAGUUCUGACGCUUUCUGAUGCUCUGUAAAACAGUUGUAUGAAUUGGGGUGGGUGGGCUGCUGAUCAUGACUGUUUUGGAACUGCCUUAAUUGUCUUCCUAAACCCUAGAGCUAUCUCUUCAGCACAGUCCUUCAAUUAGAUCAAGUGACUCAUUUCUCCAUCCAAAUAUGACUGGGAUUUAAUCUCUGCCCUUUCCACCAUAACUCUGUUUUUUCUCUUCAGCUUGGAUGCUGCCCUCAUUGGCCUGAAAUUCAAACCAUCUCUCUGGAUGUGUUGUUUCACUACAUGCUCUUUUGUCUUGUGACUGACCACCUUUCUUUCGUGCAUGCCGGUCAGUCUUUGUCCCAAACACGGGAAGUGGUGUUGUAACAUUAGUCUCAGUAGUGUGAAUUCAGACUAUCACGGCUAUUAUAUUUCAGUUGUGUAUUACUCUAUAUCCCCCAAAUCCUUGGUUUGCCUCUUACUCCAGUUGCCAUCGCCUCUAAAUGGCCAUUCCAUGCAUUUGUGGUGUGGUGGGAGACAAAGUUGCUCAGGGAAUUCACUGUCCCAGGAUGUGAGCAGGUCAAAGGUUAGACAUUUUCAUAUAGGAUCUCUACAUCUGUAGUUGCUAACUACAGCCAAAGGAAACAAUCACCUGCUCAUUUGUCCGUCUUCUAACAGUUAGGAGGGAAUGAGAUGAUGAAUUGACUGAUUACUGCCUUGUUGCUUUCUGGCAGUGUUAGAAAUUAGCCAGGCAGGCACUAGGCAUGUUUUGCAACUGACAUGGGCCCAGUUGCGACCACAUGGAGAUCUCUGGAUGCCAGAUGAGCGACUGACAUCUCCAUCUGGCUGGCCCCUCCACCUUUCUUAAGCAGGUAAGCAGAACAGCUUCUUUAUUGCAUUUAUAUCUUGCCUUUUUCUCCAAGGAGUACAUGGUUCACCCACCUCCUCUGUCAAUCCCUAUAACAACCCUGUGAGGUAGGUUAAGAGGCUGUGACUGGCCCUAGGUCACCUAGGAAGCUUCAUGACUGAGUGGGGUUUUGAACCCUGAUCUUCCAGGUCCUAGCCCAACACUCUUAACCACUACACUGCACUGGCUUCCGAGUGUACUUCUGCUAUUGGGCAGCUAUAUAAAUUAAAUAGGUAAAUAAAUAUGGGGAAAGCAAAAUGUCACUUAGAGAAGGAUAUGAAAUAUUUCCCCUGAAGCUUGAAUUUGUUUAUUCUGUAUUGUUUUAUUUGAUGUUUUAAUGUGCCGUAAACCACUUUGAGAUUUUCUCUUUAAAAUAUAAAGUGGUGUAGAAAUGAAAUUAAUAGUAAUAAUAAUCAUAAAGACUUCUGGGGGGGGUUGGGAAUGGUGCCUAGACAUACCAUUGUGGCAACUGCAACCCAGGUUUAAGAUGCCAUUUGGCGAUUAGCUUAUAUAUCUGAGUUUCUAACACCGCUUCCUUGCUCCUCCUGGAGAUGAGAUGCAGGAAUGGAUGGACCAUGUUCAACUUGCCCUGUGUGCUCUUAAUUGUCUUCAGACUCUCAAUAAAGUGUAUACAGCUGUGGCUGUUGAAGAGAUAUUCUGGGAAGAGUGCUUGGCUUUUGUUUCCUUAUUUUGAAGAGCACCAUUCCCCCAGUCCUCAGUUACAAGCAGCAGCUUCUAAAAGCAGUUUGUCAUCUACAUGGGGCGAGGAAAGAAAGUGAAUUAGUGCUCAUGUGAUUUGUGCCGCGUGGACUGACCGAUAUGCUGUUACUUUUGAAGAGCUUUUGAGCUGUUAUCUAUUGGAAGGUGUUUCCCCUCAUCCUCUCCAUGCCAGUGUAUCACUCUACCCAGACUUGUUGCCUGUUCUGGCUCUGAAAAGCUGGGAGAUUCUGGGUGGGUUCAAAAGCUGACCUUUCAGGACCUGUAACUGUACAGCGGCAGUUGCCUGUGGCCUUCAGUCAUGCAGUUAAGCACACUGGAAGUUUGUCUCACUACCCUGGAUUCCUGAGCAUAGUAAUGCCAAGUGCCACUGACUGAUGGAUGUCUAGGGAGGUCUUUUAGCUCAAAGACUUACCUAGGCCCCAUAUCAGGUGCCACUAAAGGGUGUGGAGGAGGAAGCGCUGCCUCUCCCCGGUUGCCCUGGUUUCACAUGGGAGUGUGGAAUAGUGUGUAUGGCAUGUGGAACAUUGUGUAUGUGUGUAUUUAGAAAGUGACGUACCUGUAAACGGCCACUAACACAGGAUUUGGCAGCCACCCCUAAUCCUAAGAAUUUUAGUUUUCUUUUAAAGAGAAAGGAAGUCUGCUGAACUCAUGUUUGAUGAGGAAGACCUCAUCGGAGGCCAGCCCUCUUCUCCCCCGCUAGUUUUCAACAUGGUAUUAGACUUCGCACAAGCAUCUGUUUGGCCACUAUGAGAAUAGGACGCUGAAUUAGAGGAGCCUUUGGCCAGAUCCUUUUUUACAUAGCACCUAAGGCCCUUUGUUUCCAAUAGCUGGCUGGUAAAAUACCCCCAGAGGGCAAGGUGGUGCUGACAGCUUUCUCCCUAUUGUUUGUCUCUAGCAAUUGGAAGUAUUCACUUUCUGAAAAUGGGGGCGGGGCUUGGGGAGGUUCUGUUGUAAGCUGUCUAAUCGCUGGAAUUUUCAGCAAUGCGUUGGAUCCAUUUUUAAGGUCUUCUUACAAGAUGCAAGGAUGUGGCAGGAAGAAAGAGUUCCCAGUUUUGCCCACAAGAAAAGUUAGAUGCAAAUUAAAUAUGAAAACUAGUUUAUGCUGGCAGUCCUAAUUUGCAGGAUUGAUUUCAGUUGUGGAAUGCCCUUUUUAGUUGAUAGUUCUGACAAGUGCAAAUUCCUAGUGGUUUUGCAGUCUGCUGACCGUCAGCUUGUUCGUCUGCAGAAUAUGAGUUCCUAACGAGGCCUGUCUGUGUUAAGGAUUAGUGGGGUGUUGUUUUGUUUCAGCUGGCGAAUGCAUGUAGGUGGCAGCAGCCUGGGGGGUUGCUUUCUUUGCUUGGCGGGUGUGGGACCAAUUGCCUGAAGUUUCUCUUAUUGGAUGUGGAUAAGCUGCUGUUCCUGCUCAGCCAUCUGUACCACCUUCUGUCAUCUUUUGGCCGAUGCUGGAACCUGUAAGGAAAGCCAGUUAUUGAGGAAGAACGACUGACAAAGUAAACAGUAGUCAAUAGAAACAGAACUAUGGGUAUCGGCAGCCAACAGGGUGAGAGCAGAAAAAAAUGGAACCUGGGAUAUUGGGAGCUGAGCCGAGACAGUAUUCAGGAUUUGUUGUUUUGUGUUUGGUUUUCUUCCCUGCCUUAUCCACAUUGGUUAAAAUAUAUCUCUUUUGAUUUGUCUUUGGCUAUGAAAUGCAGGUUCCUCUAGCAAAUUUUGGGGAGAAGUAGAGCUUUUGACUCAUGGCUUGAGUACAGGGUGUGUAGGCAGCUCUGGUUCAAACUGCUGCUCAGCCACAACACUCCCCUGGGUGACCUUGGACAAGUCACUCACAAAAUUCUGAAGAUCAAAUAAACCCCACAUGUGCUGCUCUAAGUUCCGUGGAAGGAAGACCAGGAUAGAAAUGGGGCAUAGGGAUGUUGGCUAAGCCCAGGGCUGCACCCACCCCAAUGCGCUGUAGGAAGUGAGUGGAGGUUCCUGGCUUCUCUGCGCGUGGGCUAAAGCCUUAUAGUGCUGGAGGCUUGUAGGUUGCCUUGCAGAGAAGUGGAGCCCCACAAAAGCACCAGCCACUGGUUUCCUCCGAUGGGUGUGGCCAUGGGAGAAAACUGCUGUUCCUUCCCCACCAAACUCCUUCCCUGGCUUUUUUCAAUUAAGCAGCCCCACCACUUCCUGUUUGGCAAACCACAUUUCCUGUUUCUUGCUGGGUUCUGUUAAAGGGAGCCCUGCCCAGAUCCUACUGUAUGUUCGCCUUCCCUAAGGCCUCUUGACUGAAACUGAUGCGGGGUAAGGGGUGGAAGCAAGUGAAAUUAGCACCUCACUCUUCUCGCCCCGCCAAUAAAAGGACAAGCUUGAGUUGUCUUUUCUUUCUUUCUUUCUUUCUUUCUUUCUUUCUUUCUUUCUUUUGUGUGUUUAUAUUUUGAAAAUGUAUUUAAAAAAAAGAGGACAAGUUUGAAUUGCCUGUUGCCCCGCGGCCCAGCUAACUGUGAAUCACAUCACGACUAGCUGAAGGGCUUCUUACUUUCAUUCAUGCUUAUCGGAGUUAUCCCUGGAUACUCUUUGAAGUUUUCUUUUGUGGGGGAGGAGUGAGGAAAGCUGAAUACAUUGUGAAUCUUGCAUGUGCUUGUAGUCAUGUAGUACACGGUUGGUGAGCCCGGAGGCAGGAAUGGAUAGUGGGAAACCACAGACGCUCUGACUGGAACCUUACCCUAUAACAUUUUCUCAGGUUACGCAGGAGGAAACUGCUCCAUUUCUCAAUGCCCUCCCACAAUCUCCUUGGCGGCCACAAACCAAGAGCAAUGAGUUUGACGGAACGAAAGCUCAGUCUAGGAUUUUCCCAUGUGUUGAGUAGAAAUUACAAAGAUGGUAUGUUCAGGGUAGCAAGUAGAGGGUGGCUGGCUCAAAAAGUGUUUGUUAUCUGCCUGGAGGGCUUGUCCUGCCAAUCCCUUUUCCUAGAAGGGUCUGGAAGAGGGGGACUCGCAGGGACCAUGAAGCUGGGGAGCAAGAGAAGGACACUGGGCUGGGGGAGUUUGGUGCUGUCCCAGUGGUCCCACCUCCCCAGUGCAGCUGAAUAAUUUGCAUUUUUCAAAAAAGGAAUUUGUAGUUGUGUCCUUUUGAAAGCUCAGAAGCUGGCCAAGAGGCUGAGGGUACCAGUAUAUUGCAUAGCCCUUUAGCUCUUUCCAUGAAUGUUGUGUACUUCUUGCAAAAUGAGCAUAAUAGGCAUGUAUGAAACUCACUUGGCACUGAGUAGAACUGACAACCUUUUUCUCCUUAGCUCAGUAUCUGCUUCCUUAUCCUUUCUUCUUCUUCUUCUUCUUUCCCCGCAGUGAAAGCGCCAUCCCAGUGGACGUGGCCAGGCAGAGGGAACUCAAAUGGCUGGACAUGUUUUCCCACUGGGACAAAUGGCUGUCACGCAGAUUCCAAAAGGUAAGCAGAGAUCAGCUUCUGGGUACCACCUUCCCGACUGUGUAGAGGGAAAGACUCCAACUGGGAUCUGAGCUUUCCUUUCUUACUGAAUUUUUUAAUUCCUCCAUCUCAUUUGUAGGUUAAAUUGCGCUGCCGGAAGGGGAUCCCUUCUUCUCUCCGUGCCAAAGCGUGGCAACUUCUCUCAAACAGCAAGGAGCUUCUGGAUCAAAAUCCAGGGAAAUUUGAGGUAUUUCCAAGUACCUUGUCUUGGCUGCUAUGCUGAUGGGAGAGCGACGUCAGGCUCUCUGUUGGGAAAAGAAGAGAGAACAAGUUUUCAGCCUUUCUCCCUCUCCAUUUUGUUUUGUUUUGUUUCUUGUCUGCUUUUUUCUUAGGAAUUGGAACGCCAGCCUGGAGAUCCCAAAUGGCUAGAUGUGAUUGAAAAAGACCUACACAGGCAAUUCCCUUUCCACGAGAUGUUUGCAGCUCGGGGAGGCCACGGGUGAGAGAAUGGAAGACGGGUGGCAGGGAAUGGUUUUGCUACAGUGGCCAAAAGGAGUGUCAUCUAGGGUUGGGAGGUCUCCAUGCUUCCCUUGUGCACCUCCAACUCUUAGGAUUGCGCUUCCUCCCUGUGUACUUGAAUAAUUUGCCCUCUAAGGAGCCUUAGAGGUAUUGCUUCAUCCCUUCCUCUCCAGCUCCCUGUGCUGGGUGCGGAUGAUGGGAGUUGUAGCCCACCAGGUUGGGAAAGACUGUCAGCACUCACUCACGUUCCAGCAUUCUUCCUUCUCCUGCAUCCCUUCCAUCUCCCACCAGAAGUAGCACAGCCCAUUGGUGGUCAGACACUCAUGUCUCCCACUCUCUUUUGCCUGUCCCAGGAGCAUUAUAGCCUGUGCUUUCCAUUGGAGGCCCAGCCCUUAUUUGCGGCCUAGUCUUGAGUUAGCAGUGGCACUGCCUAGAGGCCAAAGACCUACGUCACACCUUCCAAUCCUUCCCUGAGCUGCUGGGUCCCAUUUUGAAUCUGAUGCCCCUUCAAGGCUAGGAGAGAGGUUCUGGAUCCCUGGUCCUCACCCUUCUCUUCCGUCGCAGGCAGCAGGACCUCUACCGCAUUCUGAAGGCCUACACCAUCUACCGGCCAGAAGAAGGCUACUGCCAGGCACAGGCACCCGUGGCCGCGGUUUUGCUGAUGCAUAUGCCUGCAGAGGUGAGGAGCUCCUUCAUGACACUGUGUGGCAGAGGGAGGGACAGCGGACACCUUGAGAAUGUGGGUUCUCUGAAAAAGAAAAGGAUGGGAUGUGGUGGAUGAGGUUUGGGAGGAGCCGAAGUUUGUAUAUGCUGGGAAGAAUCUUCAGCAGGGUAAGUGGGAGAGUGGAGAGCGUCCUGACUCCAAAACUCUUGGGGUCUUGGUGUUGGUAAGGAGAGGGUCUUUUACACCAGGCCUACCCAGUGGUUCCUUCUCUGCUAGAAACUGUUCUUUGUGCUGCUGAGGCAGUGGGCAGGGGAGCCGGCACCUUGCUCCAUGCUCUCAGAGACACCUGAGAAGAGCCCUGCUGGGUCAGACCAGAGGCUUGUCUGGCUGGCCCAGAAUGCUGUUCUCAGCUGCAGCCUUUUUUUCUAUAUGACACUGAGCAUGUGCAGUGGGCUUGUUUGUUAAAUUGAUUAUUACAUCCACAUCCCUUCUUUUCCCCAAGGAGCACAAGCCGAUGGGGAGGCUUCCUCCCACUCCUCAUUUUAUCCUCACAACAAGUAGGCUAGGCCGAGGUCACCCGGCUGAGUGGGGAUUUGAACCCUGGACUCCCAGGUUCUUGCCCAGCAUUUUAAUUACCAAACCAAACAGAUGUCUCAGAGCCUCCAAACUCAAACUCUAGUCUUGCAGCAGUCUUUAUGACUGCGCACAGGCCCUCAAGGCAUGUCUACCAGGAGAUAAGGGUCUGUUGGGCACUCUCUCAACCCCACCCCCCUCUGGCAACCUGCCACUUUUCGGCCCUGUUACUUAGUCUCAGGCCAGUUGUCAACACCCUUACAUUGCCCAACGUAGAAAUAUAGCCAUGGUAUUUCAGCAGAAUUUAUAAGGCCCACAGCAAUCCAUCGGUAGUGCCUUGUUUAUUCAUCUCCAGUGGAAGUCAAGGGCUGUAGCUCAGCAGCUGAGCACCUGCUUUGCAUGCAGAAGGUCGCAGGUUGAAUCCUUGACUCCUCAAGGUAGGCCUGGGAAAUACUCCCUUCCUGCAGCCAUGCAGAGCCACUGCCGGUCAGCGUAGAUAAUGCUGUGCUAGAUAGACCAAUGUUCCGACCCGAUAUAAUGCAGCUUCCUUUGUUCUUCUUUUUGGACGUUGGUUGCUUGUGUGCCACCUGCACAGUACUGCAAAGGAUAUACGGCAGCCAGAACAGAGGAGGUAACUCUCUGGGCUGUCCUUCCUGAAUGCACUAGUAGGGGUUUAUUGCAUGCAAUUGGGCAGUGAACUAGUGGAAGGACUGCCUUAGCCUGGAGGGUAUGACUGCCCAGAUUAUCAGUGUUGAGAGUUUCUCUUUCUCUGUCUCUUCAGCAAGCUUUCUGGUGCCUGGUGCAAAUCUGUGAGAAAUACCUCCCUGGCUAUUACAGCGCUGGACUGGUGAGUACGGCUGUGGUCCUGUGAGGAAGGGCAGUAAGCCCUGGGCAUUUCCACAGGGCUUCUUUAUGGGGAAAUGUUUUCUGCACUCUUUAAAAAAAACCACUCUAAUGAAUAGAGGUUUCCCCCCACUACAACUUCACUGGAAUAUCUAUGCUUAGCAGUGUCCUGCAAGAACCGCCCAGUAUCUUCCUGUUCUCUACUUUUCUGGAGAGGAAUGAGACUUACCCUCCUGGGAAAGGACGGGAGGCUUGUAGUCUGGUAACAUGCAGCAGCAGCAGGGACACACAUAAUUAUACACCUGCCUGCUCUUUCCUCACUUUCAUUUCUCUGUUAGGGCCAGUUUAUCGGACUAGCUUUUUAAGGGUUUGUUUUCCAACCUGUUUCACUUCUCCCUUCAUCCUUCCUCCAGUCAAACCUGGAACUUGCCCUCCCACCCCCUGCCACCACGGAUGACUGGUCCGGAGAGUGAGCUCGCCUUGGGCUCAAGUUGCCGACUUCUUUUCCCAGCCCAUUAUAAUGGACUGAAUUAUAAUUGUAUCUGGGCAGCGAGUGCCGUUUUAGAAGAGGUGUUCCCUUCAGUGGUGGAAAUAUGACUUCUCUGAUCUUGCCUGUCGUGAUGUGUGUGCAUCCUCUCAAAACAAAGGAAAGAUGCCCUUUUCCCUUUGGAACUGUUUUUUUAAUUUUUUAUUCAGCUGCAUAUAUGCAGGGAUAGUUGCUUUUUUAAAAUGUGUGCAAUUAAGCGACACAUUUCUUUAAACCAGGUGACUGCUUAAAAGUGGAAAAAAUAUCAGGGUGAAAGAGAGUUAAAAGUGAAUUAAAUCAUAUGAACAACAGAGCUAAAGAGGAAUCAGUGGCUACCUGUAUGUCUUGAGUCUUUCGUUACCCCAUCCCACUAGAGCAGGGGUGACUAACCCCAGGCGCUCUAGCUUGCUGUUGGACUACAUCUCCCAUCUCUCCUGACCAUUGGCCAUGUUGACUGGUGCUGAUGGGAACUGGAUCUCCAGCAGCAUCUUGGGGGGGGGCACAGAUUUCCCAUCCCUGUUUUAUAUGGACAGAGACUGUGCUUUUAAACAACUGCCAAGCAGGCAAAAAUCAACAGGUGAAGGGCCCUGGCUUGGUGGUAGAACACCUUCUUUGCUAGCAGAAGGUCCCAGGUAUAAUCCCCUGGUAUCUCCAGGUGGGGCUGGGAGGGACCCCUGCUUGAAUCCUGGCAACCUACUGUAGGCAGUACUAAGCCAGAUGGGCUCAGUUAAAGGCAGAUUCCUAUGUUUGUUUCAUGCUGGGGGAAGCUUUAUUUCUGCCUUAUAUACAGCCAUUAGUCACAGAACCUUUAUCCAUUAAAAAUAUGGCAAUUCUUCUAGCUCCAUGCAGCCUUAAGCUGUGGUCCAUGGGACCACUUCAGGCCUGCCUAGUUACUGUCUCUGACUUUCCUGUCCCUCUGUACUUCUCUGCUGCUUUCAGACCUGAUAACUGCUUUCAGGGUCUGAAAUCAGGCUUCUCAGGCUGCUUUUUGGCUUCUUUGUUCUCCCAUGUGUGUUGAAUCAAAGGUGAACUGUUCCAGAAGCUCUGCAGACACCAUCUUGGUAGUCAAGAUAAUCCUGCAAAUAAUUGGUAGUUGUUGUAGCAGCAGCAGUGAGGUCAUAUAUGUAUAUAUUCAUUUGCUUCGAUACAGGCUAAUUGGCUUCAUUAUCUGUGGGCUUGGGGUUCUGGGCUCUGAGCCCAGAAAGGGGAACCAGCUGUGAGAUUUUGGUAUUUGCCAUGAUGGACCCACGAUGGGAAGUCAUGGCCAGAGUGACAAAUGCUGCUUUGUGUAUAAAGGUUGUAUAAACCUUUGCUUUGGUGUGGACAAGCCAUCUCCUUCCUGCCGUGUCUGCAUCUGUAAAGGCUGGGAGACCUGGCUAGCUGAUUUGCUGAAGUCUACACCUUUCUUUUAAUAAAGCACUCUGGGAUCUUUUACAUCCUUCUUUGGUAUUCCUCAGGGUGGAUUUGAUUUAAAUCAAAUAGAUUUAAAUCAUGAUUUAAAUCACUAGUCAGUAAGAUUUGAUUUAAAUCACUAGUUAGUAAGACUUGAUUUAAAUCAUUAUUUAUUUUUACAGAAAGACUCAUUCUUGCUGGUAUGAUCUUAAUAUUUACAACCAGAUGAAAGUUUCAUUUUUGGAAUAAUAAAUUUUCAGAGUAGUUUUUACAGUUCUAUCAAAAUUUACUGAUUUGGUUAUACUAGUAGAAAUACGUUGACAGAUAAUUAUGAAAUUAUUGUGAGAUUUAAUAAGUUAACUGUUUAUAUUUGGACAACUUUUCUGCUGUACUUUAUUGGAAGGAGAAAAUCAUUUCCUUAAUAACAAUUUAAACAAUUUUUUUAACUAAACAAUAACAUUAUAGCAUAAGUAUCCAUGUUUGUUAACUGAUGUGGUUAAACGGGUUUUUUUUUAAACACCUUAGACUGAGUUUUAGCACGCAUGAAAAACUUAAAACAAAUCCUUAUUUCCUGAUGAAUAGCCUUUGGACUAUAAUGUAACUUAAAUAGAAAACUAUCUUUAGAAGGAUUUUUCCUCCAAAAGCAAUUUAUUUUAAAAAUACAAUUUAAAUAAAUUUAAAUUUUAAAAAUACAAUUUAAAUUAAAAAAAACCCCAUGAUUUUCAAUGAUUUUUAUCCACCUUGGUAUUCCUGCACCCAGCCACUCCCACAAGCCCUCCUUUGGGCUGGUACAGCAGGAUACAAUGAAAAGGAGAAAGGUGAAAGUAGUGGGGAGGGGAAAUACAGGGUUGGUGAUUCCCCUUCCUCCCAGUGCUCCUCUCAUCCCAGAGGUUUCUUGUGCUUCCUGCGCAGGAGGCGAUUCAGCUGGACGGGGAGAUCUUCUUUGCCCUGCUGCGCCGAGCGUCUCCCAUUGCCUACCGCCACCUGAAAAGGUACAAGGUCGACCCCAUCUUGUACAUGACGGAGUGGUUCAUGUGCAUCUUCUCCCGGACCUUGCCCUGGUGCUCUGUACUGCGCGUCUGGGACAUGUUCUUCUGUGAAGGUGAGGCUUCUUCCUUGGUCCUCACUCGCUUUCUCUCUGCCAGGCCUUGGGUGUCUUGAUUACGUAGUGUCUGCAUCCCACCCCUUACGCCGACCCAAUCAGGAGGGAAAGAUACAAGAACAACGGCACUUUCUGCUAUAAAUUGGAUCCUAUCCUUUGGCUUUUCUUUUGAACUGCCUUUCCAUCACUGAAUCAGAAGGGUGACUCCUGAGCCCUUGCUUACUUGGUUGUUACAAACUCCACUUGUGUAGUCUCCUUUUUUAAAAAGCUUAUCCCCAUCUCGCAGAGGAUGAUGGGAUUCCCGGCCUCAUACGACAGGCAUCCCCAAACACGGCCCUCCAGAUGUUUUGGGACGACAACUCCCAUCAUCCCUAGCUAACAGGACCAGUGGUCAGGGAUGAUGGGAAUUGUAGUCCCAAAACAUCUGGAGGGCUGAGUUUGGGGGUGCCUGUCAUACAAUGUGUCAAACUCCUUCCUUCCCCCACACCCCCAACCCCUGAGUGAUCCUUCUCUCCCACCUGCAGGGGUGAAGAUAAUCUUCCGUGUGGGCCUAGUGCUGCUCCGGAACACGCUGGGCUCAGUAGACAAGCUGCGCUCCUGCCAAGGCAUGUACGAGACGAUGGAGAAACUAAGGAACCUGCCUGUUGAGACCAUGCAAGAGAACUUCCUUGUCCAGGAGGUGAGAAACAGGUCGUAAGGGCAGAGUUCUAAGCGGGGAACAAGGAGCCUUGGAUUCUGCACCAAGGAUGAGUUACUGCAUGAUAUCUGUCAGGCAGAAAGCCAGUUGGGAAAGUAGUCAGGAUGCACAGGGCAGGGGAAGGCAGAAGGCAGAUUGGGGUCAAUUGUUUGAUUUCUAGAUGAUCUGCAAAUCUGCCCUCCUCUGGUGUAGAGAAUGCAAAUUAUCAAAGGGAUAUCAGAUUUAAAGAAGGGACGAUCCACAGUGUCCAUAUUUAUUCAAAUAAACAUGAACUGAAGAUACAAAUGCACUCAAAAUCCUAAAGUAAGAUAAUUGAGGAAGGGAGCUUAAAUGAGCUAAUAAAAGUAGAGUUGGUGGAAAGUGCUUUAAGAAAUCUGCUAAUCAUAUGCUUCCAGUGACAAAUUACAUGGAGUUCAGGUGUUGGGGGGGGGGGGGGAAGGCUGCUUCUCCCUCAACUUUUAAAAUGGUUUUGAUUUUAUUUUUUUCAUACAACCAAAAUCUGCCUGGGCAGGCUGUGAGUUGGGAGUGGAGGAAGGGCAAACGGGGAGGUUCUGCCUAACCCUUCCCCUUCAUGUUUGUCAGUACCUAAUCGCCCUCCACCAGGCCCUUUUUUGCCUGCACAUGGAUGAAGUCCCGGAUCCUGGUAUUCCCCCAAAUGCAGAUUAUAAGGUGGCAUGGCGGAAGUUGAUUGGACCAUAGCGGAAAAGGUUAAGCAGCCUUCCUCUGCUUGCCCAGGCUGAUUUGAAAGUGAGAGAGAGAGAAACCACAGAGGGAAGAAACCAGGAACUCCACAUGGCAAGUGGUUUCCAUUGCAGGUGUGACGUAGCCUUGCCCAGGCACUGCCUUUGUUUUGUGUGGACCGGGAGAUGUUACACAUACGAGGGGGCUGCUGAGACAGGGGUGGAAGUGUGGCGGAUAUUGGUGAAAGAUGCCACAUGGCUAUUCCUCUUGCGUUUCUUUUGUCCCGUCCCCCCCACCUUGCCCAGGUGAUUAACCUCCCGGUGACGGAAGCCCUUGUGGAGCGGGAGAACGCCACGCAGCUGAAGAAAUGGCGGGAGACGCGGGGAGAGCUGCAGUACAAGCCCUCCCGCCGGUUGCAUGGCUCGCGGGCCAUCCACGAGGAAAGCCACCGCAUGAACCCGCCCUUGAGCGCCAGCGCCAGCCUUUUGAGCCUCACCGGCCUGAGGCAGAGGGUUGCCAUUGGCAGUACCGGCGGCCCUUCCUUCUCCCCAGCGCACACGGUGGGCUCCUUGGCUGUGUCGGCUGUCCCCACUCCGGCUCCUCCCGCCGCCCAGAGCCAGGUGGUGGUGUCCGAAGGCCUCCACCCGGCCUUGCCGUCCCCGACCGGAAACAACAUGCCGCUCGGUGGGCCCCCCAGGAAAGCGGGCGGCAGCAGCAAGGAGGAGAGGCGGAAAGAGAAGGAGCGCGAGAGGCAGGAGAAGCUGGAGAAGGAGCGGCAGAAGCAGGAGAAGGAGCGCGAGCGGAAGCUGCAGAAGGAGCGGGAGAAGCAGGAGAAGGAGCGGGAGAAGAAGCAGCAGAGGGAGCGAGCCAAAGAGGAGGCCAAGCUAAAGAAGGAGAGGAAGUUGUCGCUGAGGAAAAAGGAACCCAAGUCAGCCCCUCCGCCGCCCGCUGAGGAGGGGAAGGAAGGGGGAUCCUCAGGGGCGUCCGUGGUACAAAGCACACACUUUUGAGUAGGGCUGGGGGGCCACACGGGCCCCGACGACUCCCUCCCGUCAGCUAAGGACCAAGGUGGUGGCUGCCACCCAGAGACUUGUUGUGGUAGGGGGACCCAGAGGGCAGGAGGAGCUGUGCCAAGGCGAGGGAUAGCUGCCAUGCACUGAACCACACAACUUAGGGCCGCGGUUGGGUAGUGGAAUACUUAACGGAGGUCCAUGUUUUUACCUCCCUUUGCGUGCCUGAGGUGGAUGUGGCUCCCUUCCCCCUCCCCUUCCCCUCUCGUUAAUGAAUAGGGCCAAAACAAGAUGGCGGCUGUGCUCUGCGUGGCUACAGAAAAUGGCCGCCCACUGCUGUUUUUGUCGCAGCCGACAGGAGCAGCUGCAUCACUCUGCUCCCCUACCAAAAGGUUGGGAAUCUUAACCUAGGAGGUAACCGUAUUAAUAAUAAUAACUCCUGACAUCCCAAUUUCAAGUACUGUAUAUAGAAUCCUCUCUCCUUAAAGCUAUUUAACCACUCCAGGCUUACAAACACCACCUCCAGAGAGGCUGGUUUCGAGAACAAGGUAUUGUCUUCCCGCCAAUAUAUUAACAAAUGUUUCUUCCAUUGUGGGUUGGCCCUCAUAACAUUGCUAUAUAUAUAUAUAUUUCCCUCGGCUCCACCCCAGACCUGACUUUCUCCCAUAUAAGAAAUCCCUCCUUCCUUUGGCUACCUGCCCCCAUGCAUGGUUACCCACAGGCUACGAUAGUUGCCUUAUUUGCUGGCGGUGUCUCUGUUCUUUGAAAGCUGCAUGGCAGCCUGAAAUUUAAUCAUGGUGGCUUUAGCCAACAUGGACCUGCAGCAAAGAGGAAAGCUGAACCUGUUGGAUUGCUCCCUCGCAUACCGUGAAUUGAGACAGGAAGCCUUUCUGUGAAUGCGAGUCUGAGUGUGUGUAUGUGUACGUGUAUUGGGGGUGGGGAGCUGGCUGCCCUGCUACCCAGAAACUCAGCCAUUUGGCUGCUCCUAUGCAAAGAUUUCUUAGCAGUGGUCAGGAAAAAAAAAAGUUGGUGCCUAUAUGUGUCUGUUGAGAUUUCUUGAGCAGAAAGGAGAAAAGAGAUUGGAGCAGAGAGGGGGCCGUACGUUGAGAUUCCCCCUUCCCCCUUUGGCGAUAUGCACUUGAGAAAGGUUUUUGCUCUUCAGCAAUUUCUUGUCCUUCAGUAUUUACCUUCUGGCACAAACAUUCCCAUUUGCUGCCUCCAGACAGUGAGGGAAGCAGCCAGGUUUCUAGGGAGCUUCUGCCAACAAGGUGGGGGACGGGACUGUGUUGUACACUGUUCCUCUCCAAGCACCGGUAGCCAUAUCAGUCCUUUAACAACAUAUUUGGAAAUCUUUGCCCUUGUUUUAUUAGCAUACACCCAGCACCAGUCAUUUGCUGGAUACAAAGGACGCGUCUCCGCAACACAUUUAAGCCAGUGGACCAUUAGUUUUGACUUCUCUGGGCUCUCUUGAAGAGCCCUUUCCCAAGUUCCCAGGUGUUUGGUAUGAAAACUCCCAUGAUCCCCAGCCCAGCAUGGCAGUCAGAGGCGGUACAGUACCCUAACAUUUAUUGAGAGACCAGCAGCAGGAAGAAGGCUGGCCUAGGGUCAGGUUAAGGAAUUGUCAUUUGGGGAACAGGCUGAGAAUGCUUUCAUAUUUUGAACCCCCACAGUCCCUUCAUAAAAUUUGAGGCACGGCGGUUUAAAACAGGUUUUAAAAUGCUUUUAGUUUGUUAAUAUAGUACAUGCCCCCGAGUUGCAUGCUUUAUUCCUCUGUCCCUCAGCAGAAAGCAAAUUGGUUCCUUUAAAAUACUGUAACUCGAAUGAUUUUUCUCGAUGUGUUUUCGUUAUGCAACCACAAACCCUUUUAACGUUCCUACACACUGGCAUUAGCUAGCUAGGCCUUCCUUUGAUAGCAGUGCAGAAUGCAGCCGGUCAGAUCCUUGGCUUUUAUUCCAUGCAGCUUAGCGAGACCUGGGAUGCUGAUAUCUACAGUACCUUAGCAAAGCCUGGGCGGGUCAGAAUUUUAGAACUGUUGUGGGAAGAAGGGUCUCUGCAACAGGGAGAGAGAACUCUUGCUGCCUUGGAGGUCAGGCUGGGUUGGAAGUGGACUGAAUGGAUUUGGGCAACUUUGGACUUGUGCAUCUUCAUAACUCUCCCUGUUGCCCCUUCUGCUUUCACCUUCCGCAACAUCGCUCUCCGCCUUAGGUCACAUUUUUCUGCAGUUGUGAAUAGCUUGAAAAUCAUGAACCUGUUUCAGAAUCUCACUUCCCAGAACACGCCUGCCCUAAAUGGCAGCUUCUAGACUCCACGAUCCCAUCUACGAGCCAGCAAAAAAGCUCCAUUAGUCCAUCCUCAUUUCUGUAUAUAACUUUUCUCUAUAACACAUAUAUUAUAUAUAUGUUUCAGUAUUGUAAUUAUGUAUACAGAACCUUGAGGUUAUUAUUUUUUUGACCUUGUGCUCUUAUUUAAUGGGACAGACACUGGAAAAAUUAGGAAUUCAUUUUCUCCCCUUGCCUUUUAAUUUUUUAUUAGGUUUUUUUUUACCACCACUGCUAAUCAGGAAGAGAAGAAAAUUGGAAGUUUACAGCUGACAUCUCUUUAAUGUCCUCCUUGUUAAUAAUGUCUUUCUUUUUGUUCGUGCCUCGUUCUUACUGGAUUUCUCCCCCCAUUGCUUUGUUUAAAAAUGUUAACAAAACAAAAUGACAGUC